AUGUUAUUGAACGUCAGCAGUUUAAAACACUAUUUACCGGAUAUUUUCCUUUUAUUGGAAAGUACGCCUUGUCCCAUUGUAGUAUUCAAUGGUACUCAUCAUCAUAACGAUACUGUCAAACUCUUUUCACGACACUUUAGCAACUACAAUGUUUAUUGGGAAGCAGGCUCAAACAACUUUGGAGGUGUUUUGAUAGCAAUACAUCGUUCUAUUCCGGUUCAAAGAGUUGAUAUAUUUCAAAAUCAAUCAAAUAUUGUUGUUCUUGACGUAGGAACAACUACCGACAAGUUUCAACUAGCCACUUGCUAUUCACCACCGAAUGAAAAGCUACCUAUAAAUCUGUUUGAUAAAAUUCUUGAAAGAAGUACAAAUACAAUACUACUUGGUGAUUUCAACGCCAAACAUCAAUCUUGGUCCGACUCCAUUGAAAACCAAAAGGGCAGAGUUUUUUUCAAUUGGUUAUCAACAAAUGAUUUGGAGAUUGUCAACAAGCACGUAGCAACAUCAACUCGUUCAAACGCAACUAUUGAUCUAAUAUUAGCUCCUGCACACAUGAUACCAUCAACAUCCUCAUAUAGCGUACUUCCAUGUAUCGGUAAUGAUCACUUUCCUAUUAUUUGGACUCCAGCAGCUAAAUUACAAAAAAGGGACUGUCUUUAUCCUGUAAAACGUACAUAUUGGACACUAGUGAAACUAUUCUUAACAUUUACUUUUUCUUAUUGGAACAAUCAACAUUCCAAAACUGACGAUUCUUUGCAGUUCUUUAGUAGUUAUGAACGCUUCUUAUCAUUGUUGGUAUUUAGACUGACGUAUGUAUACUUUUGCAAAGCAUAUAAACCAUCACUUCCUCCACAUAUUAUCAAGUUAAUUCAUCAAAAGAAAACAUUACUACGACUCGUAAGAAAAACAAAACAUCCCUUUUUUAUUACACAACUAAGAACAUAUUCAACAAUAAUUCGAAAGGAAAUUUUUGCUCACAAACGACUAUCUUGGCGGGAAUAUUGCACUACACUAAAUGAGGGAGAUGUCAAACAGUUCUGGAAAAAAGCACGUCGGCAUUUCUCAGAAACUAAUCCACCACUGAAUGGUUUUUUAUUGUCAGACGGAAAAGUUAUUAGCUCGCCAAAUGAAAUGUGUGAAAUCAGUAGAUCAUUUUAUGAAGAACAAUUUUCCAAACAUCUUAAAACAUCUUGUCCAAUUGAAGUCGAAGCUGAAUAUAUUGACAAACAACUUGAGAAUGAGAUAAAGCAAUCAAAUCCGACCGCUCCCAGCAUUAAAAUCAAUGAGAUCAGAAAAACGAUUUUGUCAUUGAAAAACAAAAGUUCAUCUGGCAUCGACGGAGUGUCUAACAAGAUGAUCAAGUUGUUACCAGCAUCACACUAUUCAUUCAUUUGCUCCUCAUUCAACUAUUUCAUGUCUCACUUGUGUAUGCCAUCUCAUUGGAAAACUGCUAAAAUGAUUCUUCUAUCAAAAACAAAAACAAAUAUCAUCAACAUAAACGAUACACGUCCUAUUUCGCUUUUACCUUGUUUCUCAAAGUUAUAUGAAAAAGUUUUUCUUAGAUAUUUCUAUCAAUGGGUAAAUGACAAUGGUAUUCUUCCAGAUGAACAAUCUGGCUUUCGCCCAGGACACAAUAUGGCGGUCAGUAUCAUGGCAUCAACAUAUAUCUCCAGUGGCGGCGGAGCCACUGAGACAGGUGAGGCUUGA